AUGCCCAAGAUGCGUCUGGGAUGGUACGCUGGGGCGUCGACGGCCCUUGCUGGUGCUGUUGUCUUCUCGGCUUUUCAGCAGAGGGCCAACUUUUACUCGGCAAUGGUCUAUCUGUCGCAGAGCAAUUUCUGCUUGCUCAUAUUGAUCAACUUUACACUACUUAUAUACGGAACAUUUGUCUACGGUCUUUCUCAGCUGUGCUGGGGAACCCUACGAACCGCCGAAGUCGAACAACUGACCGAGCGAGCCUGGUUCGCUAUCACCGAAACAUGCUUAGCCAUGACUAUAUUCCGCGAUGAGCUCGGGGCUUGGUUCCUUGUGAUGUUCACAGCUCUCGUAACGGGCAAGGUUUGGGGCUGGAUAGGGGAUGGUCGAGUCGAGUUUCUAGAACAGCAACCGCCGGCGAACCCCCGCCUGUUCCAUACCCGCCUGACCAUCUCGCUUCUCAUGAGCUUUGUCUAUGACGUUUGGAUCCUUCGAUACUGCAUCAAUACUGUCAUUCAAGAGGCUCGAGCUGACAUGAUGGUUAUGUUUCUCUUUGAGUUUGCCGUCCUCGCAACAACAUCCGGGAGAUCCGGGGUACGAUACAUACUCUCCAUUAUUGAGCAAAAGAUGAUCCAGACACAGACGCAAGCACGUCUUCUGGAGCGCAAACAAGAAGUUAGGGAACAGCGAGACGCAAUCAUACGGCAGCGAGAGGAAGCUGCUGCUAACGGCCAAUCUGCCGAGAACGAAGAGCCUCUGCCUAACCCAGACGACAUUGACGAGAUGGAUAUAGAAGUGCCUGGCUGGGCCACAAAAGGCGAAUGGGUACUUUGGCUGGAUCUCUUAACAGACACCGUGAAACUCGUUCUUUACGUUACCUUCUUCGUCUUGUUGACUAUAUUCUACACGUUCCCGAUCCACAUUAUGCGGGACUUGCUCAUGACAGCCAGAGACUUCCUCAAGCGCCUCAACUCGGUCUUGCGUUACCGCCGCGCGAUCCAGGAAAUGAACAGAUACCCAGAUGCUACGCAAGAGGAGCUGGAUCAGGAAAACACUUGCAUCAUCUGCCGAGAAGACAUGCGGGUCUGGGAUCUAAAUGCCAACCCGGGGGCUCUGGAUCAUCGAGUGCCACCCACGACCAACCGAAAUGCGAACCUGGCUCCUGCGGCUCCACAAAUCCCCAAUCAUGGGCUGGCAGCUGCUCAAGUGGGAAUUGCCCAGGAGCCCCGAUUUGGCAGGUUUGCAUUACAACAGGCACUACCUGAUGCUGCGGCUCAGGCUGGCCUGAAUGUGGACGGACUUCGCAGACAAGUCAAUGCCGCUGUGCCGGCUCCUCAGCGCCCCAACGCACCAAAUGUGCGACCUAUGGAAGAGUUCCACGAAAUGAUCAGAGACGAAGAACAGCGUCGUCAGGAAGCAGAAGAUAGAGUGCGCCGACGCUGGCGGCGUGUCUUCCCGCAGGAUACUUUCGGCGCGCAGCCGCAGAACGACCCGGGCCAAUUGCAGCCCCCUCAACAGAGUACAGGACCUCAGCUCGCUUCAGGUCACCAGAACCUGCCUUCUCAGUCCUCCCAAUCCGUGCACCCAGCAAACAUGCAGGGACAACAGCUGUCCUCUGCAGGACAGCAAAGCCAUCACCAGAUAGAUCCAAACUUCCAAAGAGUUGUCCCAGUCUUGCAGUCAGACUUUACGCGCCAAACUCUGUUGAAUCAGAGCUCCGCCUUGAGAUCGGACCGGCUUCGGACACUUUCGAAUAUUUACAGUCAAGCCUCUGUCUUGGUCCGCCAAGAAGUUGAGGCUCUUCGUAUCUCCAAUGAACAACUGCAGGUUCUCGGGCAGCUUGUCAAUGAACUUGAGCGGCUGGAAGCGUCGCACCAUGAUAAUGCCGAUAGCCCUCUACCUGGACCCGACGGCCAAUCGUUUGACCAGAUCCUCAGCCAGCACCCACCCGGAUUGCCUCGCAACAGAAGCGUGCCUUCACGAACGGAUAGUCCUGUCAUGAUGAGACACGGGGCUACUUCAUACUCGACAUCAAUCCCUGCCGGUAGUCCCGAUCUGCCCGAAGGUGUUGCCAUUCCCCCUGGGUGGACAUUGAUGCCGUUGCAAAGGCUGGACAACCAGCAUCAGACUCGUCCUCAUAGUACCCAACGAUCAUCCCGUGCUUCUUCUGCUGGCCCCGCAACGUCUUCGCUGGGUGAGGAGCGCACUGCCCAGCUCCCAGUGCCACAAGCUCCUACCUCGCAACCAUCACAACGCACCAACGUCCAUGUCUUGGAGCGCAUUCCUGGAACAAACAACUUCCGCCUUUCUGGAUCCAACGGUGGAGUAGCAAGGUCCGAGCCGACAACGGCGACCGGCGACGUGCCGACCGACGCCCAGCCGGGAGCUGUAAUCACACAACAGCAGCUUCUCGAUAGAUUUUUCAGCCGAGGUCGGGAUAGAGAGUCUGGGUCUAGAACGAGGUCCGAGAACCUAACACGCAGCACCACUGCUACAUCCAGUGCCAAUGCAACAACCGAUGAGCAGCUACCUGCUGCUGCUACCGCCUCUCCUUCCAAUGCCGGCCCGACUUCUAAUAUUCCUAACUGGGGCGGGUCUUCGCAACAUUUUGGCAGCGUAGUGAGGUCUGAGCCCACAGAAAACGGAACAGGUGCAUCGGAGCGGAAGGCUGCCCCUCCCGCAGCUGGUAGCGCCCAAUUUACAGAGGAUAGCGACCAGAGUAGCAGCGCCGCAUCCGAUUCGGAAGGUGAAGAAGAGGACGAAGGAGAUGACGCAGAACCUGUUGAUAGCAGCAAAGCUGCGGGCAAGGCUGUCACCGUGGAAGAGGUAUCUGACGAAGAGGAUGACUGA